UUUAAUUUCCUCUAAUUAAAUGGCAUCGACGUUGUUAAUCGCUGUCGUUUUCUUGACGUUAACGUUUCUAACUCCGUCAACUUCCACGGCGGUCUCUCGACUUGACGCUCUCAGCUGGGUUUGCAACAACAGCACGGUAUUAGACCCCGAUGCUUACCUGAGAUCUUAUCAGAUUAAUAUCGACGAGACCAGAGAUGACAUGAUGAAAUUCAUGUUUGGGACACACGAACACGGUGUUGCUCCUCAGAAGAUGUAUUUUUUGUCGCAAUGCGUUAGCGAUCUCUCACCUGAUGAAUGUAGUCUCUGUUGGUCACGCGCCACCGAUCUCCUAUUUAAUUGUUUUCCGACCACAGGUGGUCGGUUUUAUCUUGAAGGUUGUUUCGUUAGGGCUGAUAAUUACAGCUUCUAUCGUGAGCCUGUUACACAUCAAGACAUUAAGAUAUGUGGUGGUGACGAGGCGGAGUCUAGAGAAUACAAAGGGUUAGUAAAGGAAGUGACCAAAUCCAUUGUUGAUACGGCUCCAAACAGCCAAGGCUUCUCGGUGGUGGCUCGAAAAGGCGUACACGGUUUAACUGCUUACGGACUAGGAAUAUGCCGGCAAACGCUAGACGAUGAGUUGUGUAAAAUGUGCUUAGUAGAUGGAGCUUUAUCGUUAACUAGCUGCUCACCAGCCACAGAAGGCUUUGCCAUGAAUGCAGGAUGCUACUUUCGUUACUCUAACUAUACCUUCUAUAACGAACGUGAAUUGCUGCUUUCUAUGAGUUUAACGAAAGAGCAUGUUCUGCGUAUACUGGUGUUUUCUAUGGUGUGUGUCUUGGCUAUUGCAUCUGGAUUUUGGUGUGGAAAAUGCAUUUAUUUGGGAGCUAGUCCAAAGAAGAAGCUUAAAGAGAAGGAGUCCAAGUCUGUAUCUAAUAACUCAAACUUGAUGUGCUUUAAGUAUUCAACUCUUGAGAAAGCAACCAACAACUUCAACGAGAGUUGCAAGCUUGGUGUUGGAGGAUAUGGUGAAGUCUUCAAGGGAACUCUGUCUGAUGGCAGAGAGAUCGCUAUUAAACGUUUGCAUAUAACAGGAAAGAAACCGAGGGAAGAGAUUAAUAAUGAAAUAGAUGUAAUUAGCAGAUGCCAACACAAGAACUUGGUCAGGCUUAUAGGUUGCUGCUUCACUAACAUGAAUAGUUUCAUUAUCUAUGAGUUCCUCGCUAACGCAAGCCUCGACCACAUCUUAUUUGACCCGGAGAAGAAGAAAGAGCUAGAGUGGAAGAAGAGACGUACAAUAAUCUUGGGAACAGCAGAAGGUUUGGAGUAUCUUCAUGAAUCUUGUAAGAUCAUACAUAGAGAUAUUAAAGCAAGCAACAUACUCUUAGACUUGAAGUACAAACCCAAAAUCUCAGAUUUUGGAUUAGCCAAGUUUUAUCCAGAAGGUGGCAAAGACAUACCUUCUCCCUCUCCUUCUUCCAUUGCUGGCACACUAGGAUACAUGGCUCCUGAGUACAUUAGUAAAGGAAUACUAAGCAACAAGAUCGACGCUUAUAGCUUUGGAGUCCUUGUUCUUGAAAUAACCAGCGGUUUUCGAAACAAUAAGUUCCGGUCUGAUAACUCCCUUGAAACCUUAGUUACUCAAGUGAGUCUCUUCAUUCUUUCAGAUCAAUCUUUAACUCAAUAUAGCUAGCUACCUAAUACCCAUUUCUCAAACACCUUUGUUGUGGAACAGGUCUGGAAAUGUUUUGCUUCAGAGAAGAUGGAGGAGAUGAUAGACAAAGAUAUGGAAGGAGAGACAGAUAAGACGGAAGUGAAGAGAGUGAUGCAGAUAGGUCUGUUGUGCACACAAGAGUCUCCACAGCUUCGUCCAACGAUGUCAAAGGUAAUAGAAAUGAUUAAUUCUACGGAUCUUGUAUUGCCCACUCCUACUAAACCACCUUUCCUUCAUGAUUCAUCCAUGUAG